AUGACUAGAGAGACAAGUCAAGACAAUGCAAAGCCAACCAAAAGACUGCUCCAGCAGAUAUACCGCAGCCAGGUAGAGGAGACAGAGGGGCUGAACCAGGCACUACAAGCUGAGAGACAGCUCUAUGUUAACCUCAAUACUGUACCCAGUGGUCGUCCAGAGGCCUUUGAAGAGGAGCUGGCUGCAGUGCAGGCACUUCGUCGUCAGCUGGAGGAAGGCGUGGAGAGAAACAACCACCUCAGAGAGCUGCUGGAGAAACAGAUGAAUGAGGCCGCAAAGAAGAAACAGUCUUCCCAUCACCUAGAAGACAACCCAGAACAAGUAUCAUCUCUCCAGGAGCAAGUCCAGGCCCUGAAUAACCAGCUGGAGGAGAGCAAACGCUGGAAUGUCUCCCUGCAGUCCAGACUGGAACAGCAGCAACAAAGAGGAGGGGGUGUGGGCAGGGCCAGGGAAACUGUAGAAAUACAGGGAACUGAGAAUGUUGUCUCCACCUCCAAUGACAGUAGUGACCAGUCCAGCAGUGUGUCUGACAGUGACAACAUCAGUGACAGGGAACUGUCAGUCAAACAGUUGAGGGAGGAGCUAGCAAAGAUGAGGUUAAAAGUCAAAGAAAAGAGGCGCCACAACAAGCAGUUGAAAUACCAGUUACAGCAAGGCAUGGUGGAACACAGAGAUAUCCCAGGUGAGAAUGUGAGUGACCUGGAUCCAGUGGAGAGUACAGGUGUGUCUUCCCUGCCACCAGGCCAGCAGUUAGAGCAGCUGAGAGCCAAACUAAAACAGCAGGGCAAGGAGAACCUAGUGCUGAGGAGAUGCUUGGACCUGGACACAGAGUUACCUGUACCUAACAUCCCAGACCUACCCAAGGUUAAACACAUGAGGAACGAAAUGGAAAAGAUGAAGGAGCUGCUGCGACAGGCAGAGCAUCAGAAUGACCUGUUGAAGAAACAAAUAGAACUGGAUACCUCCACAGAUGACAUACCAUCUGGGUUCAACCCAGAGCUCAUCAUUCAGAUGUCCCAUGAGAUUGAGAGGCUCAAAGGGGAGCUGACAGUAACCAGGGAGAAGCUGGAAGCAGCAGUGGAGGGUAAACCCAGUGGAAAACCCCCAUCGGGACCCCACAAGAGCCAGAUUCCCACCUUGAAGACUCCCCCUGCUGGGCAGAGCACAGGAGCUAACGCUGCCUUGAGGCAGAAAGUGGAGAGCUUACGAGGCCAGCUCCACGAGAGCAAAGUGCUCCUGAGGACGCUGCAGGAUAAGUUAGCAGCCACAGAAGCCACUGUCAGGAGCCAGACGGAUAAAAUGCGCUACUACCGCGGUCUCCUGGAAGACGCCGGAUUAAUGCCUCGUACUCCGCAGCGCAGUCGCAGCGACUCCAACCUGUUCUCAGGGCGCGUGCAGACGCCAACUAAACUCCGUCCAAUGUCUGCAUCUACUGACAACCUCUCCAUGGGUACGUCUGCUGGACGCGACAUGCCGCCACCAUCUCCAAGCCUUUCCCGUGGGAUGAGCCUUACAUCAUUGGAAGAAUUUGGACAGACUGAUAACACAGAUGAAUUAAAGGACCAGAUAAAGCAGCAGCGUAAACAGUUAGAGAGAUACCAGAGAAUCAUCCGCUCCCUUCAGACCAGAAUUCGCCUGGGGAGCGACACGGCUGAGAAGGUGUACCUGGGAUCCCCACUGCCAGGUAGUCGUAGGGGGUCCUCAGAUGGUAUUUCAGGGGGUCCCCCAGGUCUGACACCCAAAACCCCUGGCCUUGAUCUGGUGUCUCAAGGGAAUCAGGCAGCUUUCCAAAGACUACAAGAACAGGUGGAAGAAUUAAAAGAUAAAUUGAGGCAUUCAGAAGAUUUAAAUGCUACUCUCAGGGAGCAGCUGAGUUCAUCUCCGUCACCUGAGGACAUCAAAAAUACUGUACAGAAGCAGCAGCUUGAGAUUAUAUCUCUGAAGAAGCAGCUCAGUGAGAGCUAUAACAUGUGUGAAAACUUACGCAAGCGCCUGGAGGAAGUGAAUGGGUUCUUGCAAGAGCUCUUACACCAGGAUGCUGAUGGAGAAGUGGAUGUAAUUGAUGUGACCCCCACAAGAGUCACUGAUCUGAAACGUAAACUGUGCGAGUCCAUCAACAUGGCUACUCUCCUGUCUACAACAUUAGAAGCGCCUUUUGAAGAAGAAGAAGAUGAAGAAGAAGUCAAUACAACAGUGCCAUCUACAUAUACUGGCACUGUGCCAAGAAGUGCAACUGCGGGGUCUUCCAAUGUGGGCACAGGGGGCACCCAGACAGCUGGGUUGUCUGCUGUCAGAGGAAACAGCACACAGACGGACAGGAUGACCAUGGGCAGUAAAUCUACGCAGGCUGGACAGCAGUGGACCAAGAUGGACGGUGGUGACAGCAGACAGCUUAUUGAGAGUCUAGAACAAGAGAAUAACAAGUUAAAGGAACAAGUUCAGGUUGUGGAAACAAGGGAAAGAGAGUUGAAAGCAGAAGUCCAGCGUCUCCAGUCAGAGCUACAGAAGAGAGGACAGCAGUUGGAGCAACUGAAACUUCUGCUGCAGAAGAACCAGGAACAGGCACAGCAGACUGGCCAGGAACUACACAGACUUGGCUGUGAAGUUGAAGAGAAAAACAAAAAGAUAGCCAAGCUCCAGAAGAUUAUUGAUCAACUGCAAAAGAGACCAACUGACUCUAAUAUACCCACGGAGGAGAGAGAGAUUUGGGGACCAGAAGGGCUUGACCAAUACGACCUUGAUCAGAUGGAUCGGUCAUCACCCAGCACUCACGCUUUCCCAGCCACAAGACAAGGAAACUUGGACCGCAGAGGUCAAGGUGACUUGGACGACCUUGAUGCUAGGUCAUCUGGUGGAAGUAGGAGGAGUGCAGAUCGCCAUGAUGGUCAGAGGUCAUUAAGAGGUCAACAAGGGUCCGACAGAGGCCAAGACUGGUCAAGCUUUUCCAGCAGCUCUGGAACAGCACACAAUAGAAAAGAUGUCAAGUCUAAGCAAUACAGAAAGUCUAGGAAAGUUGGAGGUGGGGGAGCCAGGGAAGUGGGGCCAUCUGUUUCUAGUGACUCUGGGGAUGAGCAGCUUAGAGGCAGUGUGAAAUACAGGCCAGGUGAUGUUGGAGACUCUUUAGAUAUUGAACGGUUAAGGCACCGUAGUGCCAGUGGCUCACAUCGUGAGCCGCGUCUAACUGGCAGAACUGUAGAGGGCAGCACAGUAGUGGAAGAAAGUGGCUUGUCGUCAAGUAGCCUCCAUAGCUCACGCGUAAGUUCGCUACGUCAGCCUUCUGGAGACAGAACAGCUGCCAGUGCAGACAGUUUCUCCAACAGGGGGCAGCAUGACUUGCAAGAUAGGACCGGCAGGCCUGGACACCCAUACGGUGAUUCCUCAUAUGCUCACAAUAUAUUUGGAUCACGCGAAGAUGUGAUUGUUGAUCUCAGGGAUACAGGACAUGAUGUCGAUGGUGACCUCGCUGGUUUGGAGUUCAGAGUGACCAAUGGGCAGCUUGACCAGGAACUCUUUGGCCCAGGUCACAGGCGUCUGGUUGACCCUGACCUGCCAACUGACCAUUUACAGAGUCAAUCUCGUAUCUUUGAAGGCGAGGGGAGAGAUAACAGAGAGAGGGAUAGAAGGACUGGGUCUUCUAGGCCAUCUAAUAGCUCAUCAUCUCACCACAGUCAAAGGGAUGGCAGGUCGCCAAGUUCUUCUCACAGGUCAGGUCAAAGGUCAUCUCAAGGUCAUAGGGGCCAGAGGGCAUUUGAAGGUCACUCGUACACAAGCACAGCACCUCAUGACAGCGAGAAGGACAAGUUGAUAGUGAACCUGCAGCAGAAGUUGAAAACUGUGGAAGAGUUGAACGAGACGCUCAAGGAUGAAAUGAAGCUGUUUGAGAACAUAGGCACCUCUAUAGGAAUCCAGAGUUCACCAGGGAUGUCUACACACAGCAGCCAGACCAGGAGAGACCCUCACAGCACCCUACAAGAACACCUGAAUGAGAUCAGAGAGCUGAGGAAACGCCUGGAGGAGUCCAUCCGCAACAAUGACCUCCUGCGUGAAAAGUUGGAGAGACGUCUGGAGGACAUAAGGAGAGAAGGCGGAGGUGGCACCACCAAUGUUUACCUGCAGCAGACAGAGACAGAGGUACAUGAGCUGCGGCAGACAGUGAUCGAGAAAGAGGAGUGGGUGCGGAAAUUGGAGAAAGAAAUGAAGGAGCUACAGAACCGAUGCAAGGCUCUGGAGAAAAAUAAUGUUGAAUUAAAACAGGUGAACUCUGACCUUGACCAGGCCAAUAAACAGCUAGAGAAGACAUGCCAGGAGUUACAGCUGGUCAACACUGACCUGCAGAAGAAAAAUGACCAGGUCAACAAGCAGCUGACCGACUCUAGGCAAGAAAAUAAGAGGAUGAUCAAUGAUCUGAACAGGGCCCAGCAGUCCGUGACAUACCUAGAGGAGCAGGUGCAAGAGAGCCAAGGUCUAAACAAGACAUUGAAGAUGGAACUUAAUGUGUUUGAGAAGAUGAGGGAAGAGACCAGGGAGAAAGGCACUUGUGCCGAUUUCAAACUGCGGGAUAUCUCUGGAGCAGACAUGACGGACCUGUUUGAAGAAAUCCGCCACCUGCGUGUCCAGCUGGAGAGGUCUAUCGAGGCCAAUAACUCACUGCGUCAGAUGCUGGAGCUGUCACGUGACAUGGGGCAGCAGGGCACCACCUCCUCUGUUAUCAAUAUUCACCAUAUGCACACUAGGAAUACUACCAAUACAAAGUCCACAGAGAACAGAGAAGAGAUCCUCCAGCGUGAAACAAGUCACCCUACUGGUGACCAAGGCAACAGGUAUUACUCCAGAGAUCUGUAUGGUGAAGAUGCCCAAAGACGGACAGAGGAGAAGAUCCACCCAGAAGUGAGCCACCGUACUGGUGACCUUGGCAACAGGUACCACACUUAUGACCUUGACUUUGGUGGUGGUGGUGGUGGUCGUGACCUUGAUGGUGACCUUCCCCUUGGUGGUGGACGUGACCUAGGUGGUGACCUUGCUUUUCCUAGUUAUACAUUCCAAACUGGAGAUCACGGCAAUAGGUUGUAUUCCAGGGAGCUGGACAGAGACAGUGACCCAAGCAGUCACCAUAGCAGUCGCCCUGGCAGUCAUCCCAGCAGUCAUUCUGGGAGUCACCACAGCAGUCACCAUAACGAGAUCAAUGGCCAUAUUGGGCAAAGUGGUCAGUCUAAGGAUGACCAUCACCUGGGACCAAGGUUAUAUGGAAGGGAAGAUGCUUUGGAAAACUUGAGGGACAGAGACUUGUCGUCCAGGGAGAAGGCACGGACAGCAGACUUGAGUGACCAGCCAUGGUCUGGUGGAGAGGAUGACCACAUAGAGGACCUGAUCACCCCGUCAGAGGGCAGCUGGACAGGGGACAGGGGCAGACAGGUGCCCCUAACCAUGAAUGGACUGGGAGGCCCAGUCAGAAAGGAGGAGGAGGAGAGAAUGUCCAGACAUACCAGUGACAUCCUGGGUGACCAAGGCAACAGAUAUUAUUCCAGGAGUCUGGACAGGCUUAAUGAGAUAGGCCAUGGCUCAAGUAAACCCAGGGAAAGUAGAGGACUAAGAAAUCAGCAACGCUACUCACGCAGUUUAAAUAGGCUAGAUAGACUUAAAGAUACACACGGCACUGGUGACCCUCUGAGAACGUCCGACCUGAGUGACCCUCCUGGUCAGUCUUGGCGUAACACUGACCGUCGGCACAGGUCUGCCCCCUAUGGUCACACUACUGGCUACCGAGAUGACCGCCAGAUGGGGAGGUCACAUCAUUAUGGCACAGAAACCAACAAGAUCUACCAUGUUUAUGACCCUAAAGGUUCACCAGGUACGUCCCCAAUCCGUGUGGACUCAGACCUACGCAUGCUGUACGCAAUAGGAAAGAUAGACGACUUUGAGCUCCUGCGGAAGGAGAUUCACGAGAGUCAGGUGGUGCUAAGCGGUAUGGUGGCCAGGAUAAGAGAGAGACUACGGACAUUUAGAGGAGCCUCUCCCUCACAGAGUGUGGAAUACAGCACUCUGCAAGCCUUGAGUGCCUCAGCAGAGAACCUGCGUGUAUGUCUAGGACAGGAGGCUCACCUGAUCACCCUGUUCUGGAUAUCACAGCUGCCAGAGACGGACGCUGAUGGCUUCUUUGUGGACGUCAGACUCAUGAAAGAGGUUGGUCUGUUGCGGGAGGAGGUGGAGGUCUACAAGAGUAAAUAUUUCACUGCCAGCGACACUCUCAGGAUGUACCAGGAGAGACUGGAGAAAAGUAACAGACAGAAGGAAAGUAUGGCAGCCUCCAUUGCAAGAGAAGUCAGCAGAACCAAGAAAGUCCUGACAAAAUCAAAACAAAACUUCAUGUCCAGAUACGAGAGGUCAGCUGCCACAUAGCAGAACUUUAUUCAUAGAAGACAUUGCAGAAAUAUCAUGAGUAUAUGAACUGCGCUAUACAGGAUGGCAUAUAUUGUGUGUAUAUGACAAUGGGUAUAUGCACUGAAUGGGGUGCAGAGAAUGUAUGACACUUUGCUAAACAUAUAUGCAUUUGUUAAACAUGUGGAUGCAUGCAGACAAGGCCUGCAGUGUUCACUAGAGGAUUAGGGUAAUAGAACGAGGUAAAGUAGUUCCACUGCCAGAGAUGAGGAAACCAAGUUAUGUAGUGAUAGCACACUUGACUCUCAUGGAAAACUGUAUGUGGCCCAAAACACUGCCAAGUAUUGAUGUUUGGAAAAAGAUUUUUUAAGAAUAACAUAAACAGAGUGACCAUUUGAAAGAGGUGACUGAAAAGGGUAAUG